UCCUUAACGGCAGAUUUCACACAACGACAACAAGCAAGCAUGGCGACCGCAUCUGGGAACUCAGGUGCCACCUCCGAUUAUAAGGAUAAUGCUACCAACGGAGGAGAUGACAGUGAAACCACGGGUCCGGAUUCAGCCUCGGGAAGUGCUCCACAACCAAAACCCGUCUGUCUCAUUGUGCUGGGGAUGGCGGGGUCUGGGAAAACUACUUUUGUUCAGAGACUCAUCGGUUACCUUCACACGAAGAGAUCUCCCCCCUACGUUAUCAACCUUGACCCUGCAGUUCACGAAGUACCUUUCCCAGCCAACAUCGAUAUCCGUGACACUGUCAAUUACAAAGAAGUUAUGAAACAGUACGGACUGGGACCCAACGGCGGAAUCGUCACAUCACUCAACCUGUUUGCAACUCGUUUUGAUCAGGUCAUGAAGUUCAUUGAGAAGAAACAAGACAAUCACCAGUAUGUUCUGAUUGACACUCCAGGACAGAUAGAGGUGUUCACUUGGUCAGCCUCAGGGACCAUCAUCACUGAAGCCUUGGCCUCGUCCUUCCCUUGUGUGGUCAUCUACGUGAUGGACACGUCUCGCAGCGUUAACCCUGUCACCUUCAUGUCCAACAUGCUCUAUGCCUGCAGUAUUCUCUACAAGACCAAGCUUCCCUUCAUUGUAGCCAUGAACAAGACAGACAUAAUUGAUCACAGCUUUGCCGUGGAGUGGAUGCAGGACUUUGAGGUGUUCCAGGAUGCGCUGAACCAGGAGACCUCAUAUGUCAGCAAUCUGACCCGAUCCAUGAGCCUUGUACUUGAUGAAUUCUACACCAACCUGCGGGUUGUGGGCGUGUCUGCGGUCACAGGUAGUGGAUUGGAUGAACUCUUUGUGCAGGUGACAGAUGCAGCAAAGGAGUACGAGACGGAAUAUCGGCCAGAAUAUGAUAGGCUUCAUAAAGAGUUGACUAAUGCUCAGACCAGGAAGCAGCAGGAACAGUUGGAGAAACUACAGAAAGAUAUGGGAGCAGUCUCCAUACAGACCAUACCUCAGACAGGCAGCGCCUACGUGGCAGGCCCCAGUGAUUUAAUUUUCAUGCGGGGUAACCCUGAUGAUGUAGAGGAGGAAGUGGACAGUGACACAGAUGACAUUGAUCACGCGGUGAUUGAAGAGAGCAAAGAAGAGCCAGCCUUUGGGAACUUCCUCAAGGAAAGGAAGGAAGUGGUGCAAGUCCGGAACAGGAAGUCGCAGUGACCUAUACAGAAGCACCUGCCUUUUAACCACUGUCCCAUGGCCCCCAGGACUACUUCUUCCUCUUCAGAUAACUCAGAGGCAACAAGGAGAUGGCGUGGCAAAACAGAUUAUCUGUCCCCUGGGCCAGUCACAGAAGAGUUGUCAUAUAUAUGGGAUGCACACGGAAGAUAAACUGUUAAAUUAUUGAAAUGCAUCCCUUAACUGAAGGACAGAAAGUAGAGACUAACAAUCUACCAUUAAAAAAAGAAGCUUCCUUUGUCAGCCAGAAGCUCUUAAAAGAGGUUGAUGUCAGGGAUACUACUAACUUGUAGGACUGAAUGGCAGAACAAUGAUGGAAUGUGCUUGUUUUUGCUUUUUAAUUAGGGUAAAUGUGUUCAAGAAAUAUCUAUUUUUAUAUUAUGUAGAACUGAAUAAUUGUGUUCCUUUUGUUUUUCAUUGAAAAGGCUUCAUUUGUAAAAAGGCUUGCAUGGCUUCCAAAUUCACAAAGCAGAAUAAAGUGGCAAAAUCUC